AUGAUUCCAUUAAAACAACUUACUAAAUUAGUCACGGAACAUUUUAAUUUUUCAUUUGAAGAACUCGUGAAAUUCUUGCCUUUUACACCUAAUUUAUGUACGUUAAAAUUAAAUUAUUUAUCUGUGAAAAACAUCAAUUUAAAUUUAAUCAAAGAAAGUCAAAUUUUUCAAUACGUAUCAAGUACAAAUAAAAUUAAAAAUCUAGAUCUUCGUGAUUGUGAUUCAUUGAAUCAAGUUCAAUUGAUUGUUAAUUUAUUUCCACGAUUAGAGUCUCUUAAAAUUGAAAUGAAUAAAAAAGAGAUCGAAGAAAUAAUUAAAUUUUUAUUAUCAAAAUCUAAUAUUAAAACACAACAUUUAUUCUUAUUAUGCAUUUCAAACGUAUCGAGAAUAUAUCCAAAACAAUUAAAAGUUUUUAUUAAAUCAGAAAAUUUACUUCAAGAUUAUCGUGUCGAAUAUCUUAAUGAAGAUAUAUAUUUGUGGUGGUAA